CUCAACCCCACCACCUUCUCUUUUAAAUAACACAGCAGACUACUCUCCAAUUCGCAUUUGCUCUCUCUCUCUCUCUCCUUUCUUUUUCUCAAUCUCUUGUUCAAGUAAGAAGCAAAAUAUGGUGGUGGCGUCUGCUACCACAAUUCGAAAUGAAAGGAUGCGAGCCGUGGGAGUUCCAGUUAUCGAUCUCUCUCGCAAGCGGUCACAAGUGAUGGAGCUCAUCCUAAAAGCCUGUGAAGACUAUGGGUUCUUCAAGGUGAUCAAUCAUGGCGUCCCCAAGGACGUUGUUGCAAGAAUGGAGGAAGAAGGCUUCCACUUCUUUGCAAAACCAGCCUCCGAGAAACAGAAAGCCGGUCCACCCAGCCCUUUUGGAUAUGGCAGCAAGAACAUUGGCUUCAAUGGCGACAUGGGUGAAGUAGAGUAUCUCCUCCUCCAUUCUAAUCCUCUCUCCAUUUCUCAAGCCUCCAAUGCUAUCUCCACUGACCCAACCAAGUUCAGCUGUGCUGUGAAUGAAUACAUAGAAGCAGUUAGGGAUCUGGCAUGUGAGAUUCUGGAUCUGAUAGCAGAAGUCCUGAGGAUCCCUGACAAGUCAGCCUUGAGUUCCCUCAUCAGAGACGUUGAUAGUGACUCACUCCUCAGGCUCAAUCACUAUCCACCACCUGGCAGUGGCAUUGACUGCCAUGACUGCAACUCAUCGCUCCCUCGUCACCAGAAUAGGGUCGGCUUCGGCGAGCAUACCGACCCUCAGAUUUUGACCCUCUUACGAUCCAAUGAAGUCGAGGGCUUGCAGAUAUCUUUGGGUGGUGAAGUGUGGGUCCCCGUCCCUCCUGACCCCACCUCUUUCUGCAUCAACGUCGGAGAUGCUUUGCAGGCGAUGACGAAUGGGAGGUUUGUGAGCGUGAGACACAGGGCAAUGGCUAACUCGUUCAAGUCACGGUUGUCGAUGAUCUUCUUUGGGGCUCCACCGCUGCAUGCAUGGAUCUCUCCUCUUUCAGAAAUGGUUACACCCCAGAAGCCUCGCCUUUACAGACCAUUCACCUGGGCCGAGUACAAGAAAGUUACAUAUUCUCUUCGAUUGGGCGCCACUCGUCUUGACUUCUUUAGGACGACGACCCCUUCCCCUUCUGAUGAUGACGAUGAGGAGCAGGACACUGCUUCUGCUUGAACCACAUCAAUAUCAAUCAACUCUCCUCAUUCUUCUCUGUUAAUUUUAUGGCCGGCCGGAGAUGGAGAUGCAUGCAUGUUGUACUGUAAGCAUGCAUUCUUGGGGAAGAUUUUUUACUUUUGUUUCUUCCCCAGAUUUUUUUUUUUCUUCCUUUUCUUUUUCUUUCAUUUAAUUAUUGGAAGAGAGGUCGGGGAGAUGCCAGUGUUACCAAGGUAUAGAAAUGAAAAGACAAGUUAGUGGGUAUAUUCUA